GGGAUCUGAUAUAUACGUUGGUCAGAUAUGUAUUGAAUAUUGGAUCACUCUAACAGAUAUUGAACAUGGUUUGCCUUAUUCUGGGCUAAUGUAGGGGUUUCGUGAACUUGGCGUUUAGACGUGUACGCAACGUACUAAAUGAGGUUCAUUUGUGUUGUGUCAGCAAUAUGGUUACUGUCUUGUUGCUUAUCAACAAUUAAAGGGCUGAGGUUUAAGCUUAAAAACGGUGUUACAAAGUGUAUUCAAGACGAGGCACACAAAGACGUUAUUGUACAUGGUGAGUAUGAGAUAACUGCUCCCCAUGAACACACAACCCAUAUCAAAGUCCGUGAUGUGAAAAAACAUAUACUGUAUCAGAGAGAUAAUAUAAGAAACGGGAAAUUCGCAUUCACAACGGAAGACUUUGAUUUAUUUGAGGUGUGCUUCGAAAGUCAGCCAGAUAAUACUGAGACGGAGCAAGAAGUCUUUCUUAAUAUCAAACACGGUACGGAGGCUAAAGAUUUCGAUAAGGUUUGUUGUCCACUUUUCGCUUAUGUAUGUAGAUGGCGAAAGCAGAGAAGUUGCAACCAAUCGAAGUGCUACUGAAAAAACUUGAAAGUCUAGCUGAUGAAAUCGUGCAAGAUUUCGUUCUCAUGCAUUCGAAAAGUAGCAAAAUGCGAAACAUCAACGGUAAGUAAUGCUGUGGUCACACUCUUGUCGCCUCAUAUAAGAUAUAAAAAAUUUCUAAGUUCGUAUAAAUUUUGAAGAUAAAUCCCAGAUCAAUGAAAACUUUAAUGAUUUCCUCACAAUCAGUCGUCGUUGUGGGGAAAACUCUUAAAACUAGCCUAGCGCAUGUGGCUAAACAUUCUACUAACGUAAGGAAUUAUUUAGGCCUGUUAAGGCUAACUUUUAUUACAUUUUUAAUUUAAGUGUAGUCUCAUUAACCAUUAUCGUGAUGGUGAUCACUAUUCACACACUAGACUAACAGCGAUAAUAGCUGAGGUUUCUGCUAUUAUUUUCCACAUUAUAUUAAGAACUUAUUACAACAGGACUUGUCAAGGUUCACACAUCUCCAGAAUCUUAAGAUGAAAUAGGUUUGACUCAUCAGUAAGUGGCUAUUCUACUUUUCGUACUAUGCUAAAAUAUUCUGGAGCCGCUUCGUUUCCUCUGUGCCAGCGAUGAUGUUCGACUCUGUAUAGUGGCGUAAUGUCACGUUUUGUUUUUUGUUUGUAUAUGAAAACGUUUAUUCAGCACAUUUUCGGUUGACAGUAACCCAUGUCUUUGUUUUUCUUGAACCUACAUGUAGUUAAUAGGUAUUUGUUUUUCAUUCAUUGAAGCUUAUAUUUACCCUCGGUAAGCGAGUCCACUGGAAAGUAUCAGCAGCAAUCAGAGUAGAAUAUGUCACAAAUGUGCGUUGCUCUAACUCAUACUACAGGUUGUUUUCGAAUCUAUGACUGCUGCAUAUAUCGGCCUUUUCAUAGCUUUAGGAAUAUCUCACUUAUGCCACAAAUUUUGUGUCGAAAAACAUGAAAUUGUUGAAUCCUUGCCGGAAUCUCAUCAGAUACCAAGCUGCCAGGGCUAAUAAAACCACCAUAGUAACUGAAGUAAUCAACACUCUCAACUAAUCCGCUCGCUAUUAUCAUAUCAUACUAAUGCCGUCUUAAAGAAUUCCACGUCUUGCAUAGUUGCCAACGCUUGGACCUGUUGGUAAGGGUGGAGAGGUGACCAGUGUAUGACAUGGUGUCGUGAUAUAAAAGGUUGUACAGGACGGCUUCUGUGAGUCCCACCUGACUGUGGUCCUAUAGAUGACGCAACAAAGUGACUAGAGAUGUUAGCAGACAUGGCUCAGAAUAGAAACCAGUGGCGACACUGCUGUAACUUUCCCUUACUUUAUAAAAGUAAAUGCAACUUCUUUCAAUUCCUUCUGGUUGUAUUUUUGCUAACCGUUUGUUUCUCCCAAUAUUAUCAUUAUUUCACUACUGUACUCUAACUUAUGUUCGUUGUCCUCUCUUUUAUUACACUCACUUUACAUCCUCUCUUCAUAACCUUAUUGUUAUUGUGUGGCGCGUAUGUAUUUGGUGUCCCCUAUGUAUAUAUCCGGGUCUAAUCUCUAUAUUUUAUUAAACAAAUUUUUCAUUGCUUGCUAAUCUCUUAACAAACCAAUACUGAUGAGUACUAAAAAAAUCUUAUUACCAGUUAUUUCACAUCGGCUGUAGUAUUACUUCCCUUAAAAAUAUUGAUGUUUCUACUUCAUUUGAAUUUCCUUAAAAACCAACCCAACUUGAUUGUUACUUUUUAUUUUCUAGAAUCUACUCACACAAGGGUCCUCUACUUUUCAAUCCUUUCAAUGGUAAUCCUCAUCGGUUUCGCAUGUUGGCAGGUCCUUUAUUUAAGACGUUAUUUCAAGUCUAAGAAGCUAAUUGAAUAAUGUAAAUUAAUUUUUCAUCUUUUAAUAUCUGCUAAAACAUCUGUUUUAUUGUACAUGCCUAAUGUCUGGUUCAUAUCUGAAAAAAUAAACUUGUGUGGGAAAACUAUGUAUAAAUCUAGUCUCACAUUGCCCAUCCUUUUGUAUUCGAAGUUGCUUGUCUGAACUUUCGUUUCAUAUGUGUAAAAUGUAUUUCCCUUUAGAUAAUAUAGCGGUAUGUGGCUCAAUAUGUAUUAUCUUUUCUUGGUCAUUUUCUAAUAAAUGCUUUUCAAGUCUGUUUUGGUGUUGUAAGCUCUUGAACUGGAGAAUAAAGCAAUUAUAACGCUCAAAAUCUAGUUAGAAAACUGACCGGAGAUUCUCGAUAAUGCUUUUUUUAAUAAAUGACUUUAAAGACGGACUCUGAGACUAUGUAAGGAUACAAGAGAAACCUAAAAGACCGACCGUAGCUGCUAUCUUGACGGGCUUGUCUGUCGUGAUGGCCCACUCAAGCUAUAUUGGCUGAAACGUAUGUUCCUGUAGGUUCUA